AUGUGUUCGUUGGUUUUAGUGAUGUCAAGUUUUGUUGAUCUCUUCCUUGGGUGCAAUCUAGAAGAGGAGCUCUAUGUUGGACUACAAGGUUGUUGGGUUCACCUAACUCUUGAAUCUAAUCUGAUACACAUGCCCACUGAUAUUUCUGUCAGAAAACCCGUCUUAGAUCUGACGUUCUCUCUCUUGAUUGGCGAAAGAGCAAAGGGUAUCAAAAAGAACAACACCACAAGAAACUCCGAGAAUAUGACAUCAUCAGAGGUCAAUGAGAAUGAGAAUGAGAUGUCUGUGUUGGAUUUGCCUAAUUUGGCAUUGGAAUGCAUACUUGAAAAGCUUGAACCCGAUGGGCUUUGUAAAAUGGCUUGUGUUUGUAGCUAUUUAAGGGAUAUGUGUUUGAGUGAUCACCUUUGGGAAGAUCAUAUGAAGAAAAGAUGGGGUAGAGUGAUUGGUGACGUGGCUUACAAAGAAUGGCAAUUACAUAUUGCUUCUAAAAAGCAAUCGAAUUACUUUCUUGAUGGUGAAAAUCGAAAAGUUUCUUGCUAUCGUGCGCUUCAGACUGGAAAGUUCUGGUUCCCUGCUCAGGUCUUCAAUCGUGAGAAUGGGCAUGUUGGGUUCAUGCUAUCUUGCUAUGAUGCUGACCUUAGUUAUGAUUCUCAUACAGAUACAUUCCAGGCUAGAUACCCACCUCAUGGGAGGAGGGCAGCUGCAAUUGAGACAGGUGUCACAUGGGAUAGGCUGAGGGCCCCACCUGUUGAUAAUUCACCUCAUGAUCUUCAUAUUUCAGAUUGUUUGAAUGAUUUACGCCCAAAAGAUCACAUUGAGAUUCAAUGGAGAAGGAAUAAACAGUUUCCUUAUGGUUGGUGGUAUGGUGUUGUAGGCCACUUAGAAGCAUGUGAUGGUAAUCAAACUUAUUGCCACUGCCAUGAAAAUGAUACUGUGGUGUUGGAGUUCAAUCAAUAUGCUCCUGGAUCACGAUGGAGACAUACGAUGAUACACAGGAAAGAGCAUCGUGAGGAAGGAAACGAGGCAGAUGGGUUUUAUGGAGGAAUCAGAAAACUAAAUCGUAAAGAUGAGAUUUCAAUGUGGGAACAAUUUUGGCCUGCUGAAAUCUUGGAAUAAUAAUAGAAAAAUCUCAUUUAUAAAUGUAUAACACUCAAGUAGGAAGUUACUUGUAGGUUACUUUUCGUAUACCCGUACGUUUUAGAAUUAGAGAUUAAAUUACAGUUUUAGUCCCUGUGUUAUAUCAUUUUUACAUUGUUUCCAGAAAGAAUAAUUUUUUUGUAAUAAUUGUCCUUAUACAUGUUUACAGUGAAAAAUGACUUUCGCCCACGGUUUCUUGAAGAAUCAUACAAAUCAAACGUGAGGACGAAAAACGUUAUGAAAUUGUAAAAUAAGGAGGAAACAUGCAAAAAGAUUCUCUUUUGAAUAUAAAAAAGAGGACCAAAACUAUAAUUAACUAAAAUAAAGGUGUUAUUCAAAUGUGAAAGAUACUUCCAUGUAUAAUUAAUUCCCUUUUGUAUUUGAUAUUGAAUUAAACAGUGAAUGACCACCGAGAUACUUUUUUAAGUAAACAAUGAAAUCACGAUUUUUUAUAGAAUUAAUGACGAAUUCCAAUUCUGUCGCUAAUCGUUUGAAGCAACUUAUAUUUGAUACCCAUUUUGGAUUCCAUCGCUUCUUUCUUCCUCCAGUUCUUGAAGUAACUCACUUUCCAUAUCGUCACGAUUUCUCUUUUUUGGUUGAUUUCCUUCUUUCGAGAAGCAUACCUGAGCAAAAUUGAUUUCAUUUUCCCCAUCUUUGAUUCCGUACAGGUGGUCGAUUCACUUGUGUUCUUCAAUGGAUUCACAGGUUCGAUGAUUCGAUCCAUUUGGCUUUGAUUCUUGAUCAUGCUUAUGGUUAAUUCCUUUUGGUCCGAUUCUAUGGUGCGUGAAAUGUUACGAGCCCUAAACGGUGAAUAUGAACGAGAUCGCCGAUGAACGCUCGUCCUUCUACCUGGUUCUUCGCUAACUUUUUCUAACGCAAUCAUGAAAGGAUCAAAAUCGUCGUUCCAUUUGCACCGGUGAGGAAACGGGCUUCUGGUGCGUGACCUAACAGCCGUCGGCGACGUGGGAACUGAGCGCUGGAGGCGGGGAGGGAGUUUUAAGGGCAAAACUUUACCGUUGCAGAAAAGUUCAUCAGCAAACGCCGUGGCGGAAAUCGAUGGUGACCAUCCAUCAUCUAAUCUCCGACUAGAACCGAAAUCAAACUCGUCGUCGAUGGUUUUCCGAUCACCGACCUGGUGGAGGGGGCUUGAUCUUGAGCUGUAGAAUCGGAGAUUUUGUGGGCUGCAACCACCGGGAGUUGUGGGUGCGCUAAGAUAGAACGGAGGGAGGGAUAGCGAGUCCAUUGUUGACUGAGUUGUGGAGAAUGUGGUGGCGAGUGAUGAGGCUAUAACGCCAUUAAUGGGAGAAACGGUGGCCUGAAAAAGGGGAUUUGAGGAGGUAGUGGGUGUCAACGAGAAUCCUGAGUUUAAGGUUGAAGAAAUUCAAAUGUGUUUGACCACUUUAUGGGCAAUUAGGACAAAAGUAGUAUGUAACUUUCUUUUCUAACAUUUUUUAAAUGUUUAAAAAAAAAAAUUGAAUACCAUUUUUAUACAUAUUCAAAACGACAACCAUGUCUUACUCAUUAUAUCGACUUUCUAAGUUACUAUGUCGACAUAGUUAAGAAAAUUUAGAGAUAAAAGCUCAUAAAGAAUAGAUAUUGCAAUUUCUAAGAAC